UGACGUAUAAUCUAGUGGACGGAACGCUUCUUUCAACAGCAGCAACAGUUAGUCAGACACCUCGGUAGCUUGCUAGACAAAAUAGCCGAAACAAUACAUUACUUUAGAGGCUUUAGUGUAUAUUAGCCACUGUGUUUUAAACCCACUUCUAUCGUCUAGUUAGUUAUCCGAUUUAAUUUCAUAUUUACGGUGUUGUUAUUAUUCAGCUAGCGGGCUGGUUAAGUUAGCAUUAGCCUAGCUAGCUAACAUCCCCGACCAUGCGGUCACCAAGUUACUCUCCUUCUAAUGAAGAGAAGGAUAUCACAGUAAAUCAAGAAGUAGGGAGUGGGGCCGUUACUGUGAAAGAAGAGGAGGACGCGUUCAGAGUGAAAGACGAGGAAGAUAUCACAGUAAAACAAGAAGGGAGUGGGGCCGUUACUGUGAAAGAAGAGGAGGACGCGUUCAGAGUGAAAGAGGAGGAUGAUGUCACAGUAAAAGGAGAGGAAGAUGCAGUUUAUGGCGUGAAAGAGGAGGGGGAGGAGAUUACUUUUACAUCGAAAAAGGAGGAGGAGGAAGAAGAGGAGGAACCUGGAUAUCUGGGCCCGGUUUCCCAAACGCAUCUUAAGGCAUCCAAUGGUUCUAACGAUGAAUUUAGCCAUAAGAUGGUUUUGAGAAACCGUUCCCUGAUUAACACUAAGUAAAAGCCUGAAACAAUGUCUAAAGAAUGACCACAUGUAGAAGAAGCCAUAGAGAUCGUG